CUUCAACGUUUGUUUUUCUCCGUUUAUGCGUUGUGUGUUCGUUUGAAUGAAAACGUCGCGAGUGUUGUAACAAAAACCACGGAAAACAGAAGAAGAAUACGGGAGCAAAAGGAAUUCCAGGCUACAGCAGAAUGCCCAUUGCCCAACAGGGUUUCGUUCCAUGGUAUUUCAACGAGGCCACUGCAAUGAGAAAAGAAUUCCUGAAGCCAAAGAAAAUGAUACACCCAAAUAGCAGAAAGUCUAUCGCUAUUACGAAAAAAGCCAAAAAAAUAUCAAAUAGACAGAAGGCAGAAAUGUCCUGCUUGAUAAAACAGAAUUCAAUAGGAGAGAAAAUAUCGUGGAUCAGAAACAAUAUGAUUCCAGGCGUGUGACCCUAUACUCCAGAGAUAACUGCAAGUUUGUUAGAAACGGAGGUAAAACAAAAAUGUAUACACAUGAUGAUACAGAGAUUGUACAUUAAAGAUGUGAUUAGUUAUAGUUCUAUAUUUGAUCCAAAGGUAUGUAGCAAGAAAUGAUGAAGAAAUGGAAGAAAUUACUAUUAAAAGGUCUAUAGGUA